AUGAAGGUCGUCAUUGUAGGAGGUGGAGUCGGCGGCAUUUCGAUGUAUCUGGCGCUCCGAAAACAUCUCGCAGCAGCGUCCCCACCAAUCGACAUAACUCUUUUCGAGUCCCAUGAGAACAUCUCGACGAUGGUCUCUGCCGUCAAUGCCGGACUUUGCAUCUCACCUAAUGGUCUACGCGCUAUUUCUCGCAUUUCUGUCGAUGCGGCCGGUUAUAUCCAGCAGAGAGGGUUCUCCAGCGAACUCGUGACCUUUAAAGACUUGAGAGGAUAUGGGAUGGGCCAAACGAUGAUUGCUCGAGACGAUGUGCAUGAUGCGUUUGUGCGGGAGCUUCGGCCUGGCGAUAUGACUUUGCGGAAGAAAGUCAAGUAUGUCAAGGAAAACGGGGACCAAGUGGAAGUUGCUCUGGAGGACGGCACUAUGGAAUACGCAGACAUCGUCAUUGGUGCUGACGGUGUUCAAAGUGUCGUGCGCGAGGCCAUUUAUGGACAACGCUACGCUGCCCAACAUCAAGGGUACAUUAGCGUUGGCGGUCUCAUUUCCAUCUCCUCAUUAUCCGAUUCCUUUCGAAAAUCUCUCAGAACUGAAGCAGUCACCAUUACUUCGGGUGGCAACAGCUUCCUCGGUUAUUCCCCAUGCUCCCCAAACAUUGCUGAUCUAACAAGCGCACGUCUGAUGUGGUGGUCUACCUAUCAAGCUAAAGAAUCUCCAUUGCAAACUAUAUCCGCAUCCACUAUCCUUGCUCAACUCAAAAAUCUGUCCACAUCGAGCAAAUCUCCAGCAGACUCACCUACUAGCAACGAGAACCUUAUCCGCGAACUCUUAACGCUAAGCAUCGGCGACUCUUCUAAAUCGGGUCUCUUCGUCCUCCCCGAAUAUCUGACCCCUCCACUCCCACAUUGGACGAGUCUUUCUGGCUCGGGCCGGAUUUUGCUUCUCGGUGACGCAGCCCAUGCUAUGUCGUCCUAUGCUAGCCAAGGAGUCGCCUGCGCUGUUGAAGAUGCUCUUACAAUCGCGGUUCUUCUCAAGCACUACUAUGUCUCACAUCGUUCCAGUGUUACUAAUACGCUGCGGAAAACAGGCAUUGCCGUCGGCAUCGUAUGCUUCACAUCCAAAGGAACCUCGAAACUGGUGGCAGAAAGUACUGCUAAGUUGCUUUCUGCGGAUUUUAUGUCGGUCUUGUGCAUCUCUUCCACUCUUCUUGCGAUCUUUCCAUUCAAUAAACUGCAUCUAGGUCAACUCCCCAAGUCUUCCAAUCAUACGCAGUUUGAUUACGAUGUCGAGUCGGAGAUUGCCAAAUACAUAUCCAAGUCUGGUUGCGACAAGGAGCUGUAG